UAUUUCUUCCUAUACUAGAUGUCGGUUUAUUGCAGUAAAAAAGGAAUUUUGGUCGAGUCGAUUCGUUAGCUCAUAUUCGAUGCAUUUAUAUAUCUUUGAGCAGUUGAAGUAAAGGGAAACUUUUUUUGAAAUUCGUGUUGACGUCGCUUGCGAGUUUUAAAUAUAUUUGAACCCGCGGACGGUCGGGCCCUGCCGACGAGAAGAGAAAUGGUGCGCAAGGAGGAGAUAGUCGUUUGGUUCUCGCGUCAGCCCAGCCACCAACGGUUGGAUGUCCUCUGCACUUUGGCCUCUAUCUGUCUACCGCUCGAGCUACGGUUUCUCAACACAUGCGUUGAUUUCCUGGCCAGGAAUAAAACACCAUCAGCCAGAGAUGCAGAAAUCCUUGCAGCAUUGGAAAAAAACUGCCUGCAGUUGAAUGAAGUUGACUUGCAUGAUGAGGGAUCCCGCAGGAAGCUCAUCUUGGCUCUCACUCUGCUCCAUGCUGGUAACAGGAUUGUAGCCCACACCAUUUACAGGAUUCUGUGCAGCACCUGCUCUGACUUGAAAAUGUUUGGUCCAGACAUCACCUUCGAGUCCAGUUUGGAGUUAAAUCUGAUUUUUACUAUGGCACUACAUCACCCUAGUUUCACUUUUGAAGAGAAGGUUAAACUGGGAGAUAUCUACCUAUGCAUGCAAUCUCGCUUACCUGGGCUCAGGCCAACCUCUGACAGUGUCUCUCCUGUCCCUACAUCAACUCCUAGCCCGCAGCCUCAAAGCAGCCCCCCAGAUAUCUCAGAACGAUCUCUCAACAAUGGAUCCAACAGCAGCAGCAGUAGCAGCAGCAGCAGCCACAACAGUACCAAUAGCAAUAGUAGAAUCAAGACUGGUCAGAAUGAUCGGUCAACGAUUCGUCGCAAUCGAAACAGCCCCAAGUCAAACGGAUCUGCCAAUGUGGAUUCUGUCACCACCCAGUUGAAGGAGCAAUUGGGUAAAGACCGUCUGCCCAAACAUUGGAGACAAUUUGAGCACCUGAAUUCUACCGAGCUUAUAAACUGCAGCGACCAGGAAUUUCUCAGUUGUGGACUUAGCCCGAAUUUCAUCAGUCACUUGCGUAAGGUGCUGAAUCAGUGCCACCACAAGUCGAACGGCGGUCUAGCAAUACCCAACGAAGAGACCAAAGUGGUUCAGCAAGUCAACAACAGCAAAUCUACAGCGUCGACAGCAGCAACGCGGCCGAGUUUGGUCAAAACCUGCAUGGGCCCACCCAACGUCCAGCCAGCCUUCAACAACAGUCAGCGAAUUGCGACAACACCGAUCGAGAACCAACCAUCACAACAUCAGCAACAUUAUCAGCAGCAGCAGCAACAACAACAACAUCAGCAUUAUCAACAGCAGCAACAUCAUCACCAACAACAACAGAAUCACCAACAGCAGCUGCAGCAAGAUUCAUUAACUAAUCGAGCAGGAUCAUCAUCGAGCAGUGGUAGCAGUAGUUUGGAAACGUGCAGCCCUCCGAGCAGCCCGACAGAUUCGAGUAGCACUGCCCCUAGAGAUAAUCAUCGAAAACACUAUCCAGUUCCCCAGACUGUGAUGGUGCUCAAUCCAGUUUAUUGUAAAACAGGAACCAGACCACAGACUCGUCUGCCCAAUUCGGGGACGGUGGCCAAUGCUUCGCUGCGCGGUGCCAAUAACAUUGGUUUCCCAAGACCGAUGGGCGCGACCAACACUAAUGCUGGUGGUCCGAUGCGACAGCAGCAGCAGCAACAGCAGCAAAUCUCAACGACGGCUAGCAGAGGAGCUUCGCAGCCGAGAGAAAUGUCUUUCCCCGUCAGUCUUUCUUAUGCUGUGCAACCCGCUCAACAGCAACAGAAGCAGGUCGUCCAACCUUCUUCAACCCAAGUGCAGGGCACGUCUUUCAUUGUCGAUAGCAGCACGCCCCCGCCUCACUUGGAAGCCCAGGCAGCUGGGGUAGCCCAACAACAAACACAGCAGCCGGCACAGUCUCCUGCUCCAACUCUGUCAGUCUACUCGUACCAAUAUCUACAUUUGCCUAAUGGAGACGGAACUCAACCUUUUCCGCAGCAUCCGUUCACUUUUAUUACUUCGGGACCGCCGCCAAACUCUGCCGGACUUCCCGGCAAUACGCGGGCACCAGGUCCACACGACAUGAUCUAUUCGCCCCAAUCCUAUGUGGGUCAAAUCGUCGCUCAACCUCUUGGUUCUCAUCACGGAUCGAGUGCUGCAAAUGGUCGCCCGUCUCUGAUGGAAAUACCGUACUUACCACCGUUAUUCAUGGCUCGCUCUGACCAAGGUGGGGCCACGGAUUAUAGCCGACCACCACCCCCUGGUUCUCAAUCCUCUGCUGGCGGUCCUAGCCCAAUUCCGGGCAAUAACUCUUGUUUUAACUGCGGUGCGUCUGGCCAUCGUGGAACUCAGUGCCAACAAAUUACUUUUGAUGAAAUAAUUAAUCCCUCGCCCGUUUGAGGGCAAGUUUCACAUUAUCAAACACACAUACACAACACAUACACAACACAUAAUCUGGUCAUGACAAGUGGGCCAAAAUGGUGGUGAACUUCUAAAAGUCGACAGAUAGAUCCCACCCUUUCAAAUGAUCCUUUCUGUUUCUUUUCCUUUUUUUUUUACAAUUAUUAUUGAUGGAUUUAUUUAAAUUUUUUUUUUCCUUCUGAAUAUUUGCUGUUCCAGAGAAUCUUCAAAGAGAAGGCAACUUGGAUGCAGCUUGAGCUUAGGCAUUUUUGGAUGAAGAUUGCUUCGCCCCUAGUUCAAGGAUCGUUGCCAAAUCGAUUCGCUUUUAUGAACUUUAUUUUCAUUUUUUUUUUCUUUUCAUUCACAAAGUCAUUACUGAUGCAUUGAAACGUCAUCAUUCAAAACAAACAAAAAGCUUCUCACGCUGCUCUAGUUUCGUUUCUCUCCCGUGUAAUUCCACAACCCACACAUGCAGCGAAUGUUUGUUUUUUUCUGCUGCAUUUAAACAACAAUUUGUAAAUAACAUUAUUUAAAAGGAAACAAAAAAAUUAUAUUUAAAAGGAUGAUUAAUAGGGAAAAAGCCCAAUUCUCAAUCCGACUUCCCCACACACGAAAGCCAGCGUUGUAUCGUUUUCAGCUCCUACUACCAUCCUCUUACUACCCUAUCCCCCUUGCGUGUCAUCAAAAAGCAAAAAAAAAUUUUAUAUCUUUUUUUUUCAGAAAUGUUCAAGAGUGUUUUUUAGGUCUGUCAAAUUUAAAUAAAAAUAAAUACACGGAAGUUUAGUCUUAAAAAA